AUGUCGCCUACCCCAUAUCUCUCAUCAAAAGUCGUCCUCAUAACCGGCGCAAACAGCGGCAUAGGAAAAGCCACCGCCCUCUCCCUCGCCACCUUGAACCCAGCACAAUUCUGGAUCGCGGCUCGCAACGUCGCAAGCGGUCAUGCUGCUGUUGCUGAAAUCAAAGCCGCAGCACCGACCGUCGACAUGGGCGGCCACCCUGGCACAACACCUCAAGGCCACGAACUGCAAUUCGGGACGAACCACGUCGGUCACGCACUCCUGCUUAAACUACUCACACCGACCUUGCUUUCCACUGCGGAGUCCACGGGCUCAACACCCCGCGUCAUUUCCGUCAGCUCGCGGGGCCACGCUCACACCGCCGCUCUACCAGCCGGUGGCAUCGCGUUCGACACGUUGAAAUCUUCACAACCAGACUUGUCAGGCGUGAACAAGUACACGCAGUCCAAACUCGCCAACGUUGUCUACGCGCGCCAGUAUGCAUUGCACUACCCGCAGAUCCUUAGUGUGGCGAUCCACCCUGGUGAUGUUUUGACGGAGAUCUUCAACAAAGGCGCUGAAGGAGGUGAUGAGCAGAUCAAGUAUCUGGCGCGGGAGGUGGCGCCGAAGAGGUGUGGGUCGCUGGAAGAAGGAAUCAAGAACGGGGUUUGGGCGGCGACUGCGGACGGCGUGCUGAGUGGACGGUAUUAUGAACCUGUUGGUGUGUUGGGUAUGGGUAGUGAGUUGUCCAAGGAUAGAGUAUUGGGUGAGAGGUUGUGGGCCUGGACUCAGCGGGAGAUGGAAGGGUGGGAGAUCUAG